GGGUCCGGACACAGGGGCGGGGACGGGGUCGCCGCUCGGGUUUCACCUCGGCUGGGGGUGCCUGUGACCGCACUAAAGCAAUAUCCCCACAUGCACUGGAGACAGAAGGGACAUAAAGCGUGUGCGCCGGGGCUGCUGUCACUGGGUGUCCUGCUGCUUCAUGGUGCGCUGAGUGCCGCAGGAACCGCCGCCGCCGAGCCGAGCCGAGCCGAGCCGAGGGCCGCAUGUCCAACAUUUAGACAUGUUGCGCUGCGUGGAUCCCAGGACUUUUGCGCUGCUUGUAGCAGCCCAGCUCGUUUUAGUAGCCAUUGUCAAAUGUCAGGAGGAUGACAACCCAGAGUCUGGGACCUGCAUCCAAGAUGAGAGGUCCUAUACAGACAAGGAAGUGUGGAAGCCAGACAACUGUCACAUCUGCGUGUGUGAUGCUGGGGCUGUUCUGUGUGAUGAAAUUCUCUGUGAGGAGCUGCAAGACUGCCCCAACCCUGAGAUCCCAUUCGGACAGUGUUGCCCCAUCUGCCCCAGUGCUCCACCCAACGGUUUUGGAAGUAAGGGCCAGAAAGGGGAACCAGGUGAUGCUACAGAUGUGGUGAGACUUCAAGGACCAGAGGGCCCUAUGGGCCCCCGUGGGGAACAGGGACCUCAGGGACCUCAGGGGCCGAAGGGCGAGAAGGGAGACAAGGGAAGUCCUGGCCUCCCAGGCGGAGAUGGUAAACCUGGUUUUCCUGGAAAGCCUGGACCCCCCGGGCCACCAGGACCCCCAGGCCUUGGCGGACGUUUUGCUGCUCAGAUGGCGGGUGGAUUUGACGAGAAAGCGGGUGGAGCCCAGAUGGGCGUCAUGCAAGGGCCGAUGGGACCCAUGGGUCCUCGUGGUCCGCCUGGACCCACUGGAGCUCCCGGCCCACAAGGUUUCCAAGGCAGCCCUGGAGAGCCUGGAGAGCCUGGAGCAACGGGCUCCUUGGGCGCCAGGGGCCCCCCUGGACCCCCAGGGAAACCUGGAGACAACGGCGAAUCUGGCAAACCCGGAAAGCCGGGAGACCGUGGACCCCCAGGACCUCAGGGGGCACGAGGAUUUCCGGGAACUCCUGGACUUCCCGGGAUCAAGGGUCACCGGGGUCACCCAGGUCUUGAUGGUACCAAGGGAGAGAGUGGGGCUGCAGGAGUGAAGGGAGAGGCUGGAGCUCCAGGUGAAAAUGGUGCCCCUGGACCAAUGGGCCCACGUGGUCUGCCUGGCGAAAGGGGGCGCCCUGGAUCUUCCGGAGCUGCAGGAGCUCGUGGUAACGAUGGCCUGUCUGGUCCUGCUGGCCCGCCUGGUCCCGUUGGUCCUGCUGGAGCUCCAGGCUUCCCAGGUUCCCCAGGUGCUAAGGGUGAAGCUGGUCCCAUUGGUGUUCGGGGGGCGGAGGGUCCUCCAGGUCCCCGAGGAGAAGCAGGGACUCCUGGAUCUCCUGGCCCAGCCGGUGCUUCCGGUAAUCCUGGAACUGAUGGCAUUCCUGGGGCAAAAGGCUCUGCAGGUGCCCCAGGUAUUGCUGGUGCUCCGGGUUUCCCGGGACCCCGGGGGCCCCCAGGACCACAGGGAGCAACAGGACCUCUUGGACCCAAAGGACUGCAGGGUGACCCUGGUCUGGCAGGAUUCAAGGGAGAGGCUGGCCCUAAAGGAGAACUUGGUCCUAUUGGUCCCCAAGGUCCACCUGGCCCAGCAGGAGAAGAGGGCAAGAGAGGAGCAAGAGGAGAACCUGGUUCAGCAGGACCAAUUGGACCUCCUGGAGAGAGAGGGGCUCCUGGUAACCGUGGUUUCCCAGGUCAGGAUGGCGUGGCAGGUGCAAAGGGUGCACCCGGCGAACGUGGAGUUCCUGGUACUCUGGGUCCAAAGGGUCCGAACGGUGACCCAGGCCGUCCUGGAGAGCCUGGUCUUCCUGGUGCCAGAGGCCUAACUGGUCGUCCCGGUGAUCCUGGUCUUCAGGGAAAAGUUGGCCCCGUUGGGCCUGCAGGUCAGGAUGGUCGCCCAGGACCCCCUGGCCCACUGGGGGCCCGCGGUCAGCCUGGCGUGAUGGGUUUCCCUGGACCCAAAGGAGCCAACGGUGAGCCGGGAAAAUCCGGAGAGAAGGGACCUGUUGGAAGCCCCGGCCUGAGAGGUCUGCCUGGUAAAGAUGGUGAAACUGGAGCUGUGGGACCCAUUGGCCCAGUUGGGCCCGCUGGGGAGAGAGGAGAGCAAGGACAGACUGGUUCUCCUGGUUUCCAGGGUCUUCCCGGACCUACUGGCCCUCCAGGUGAAGCAGGCAAGCCUGGUGAACAGGGUCUUCCUGGAGAGGGUGGAGCACCUGGCGUUAUUGGACCCAGAGGUGAGCGAGGAUUUCCAGGAGAGAGGGGAGGAGCUGGUCCACAAGGUCUCCAGGGACCCCGUGGUCUUCCCGGUACUCCAGGAACUGAUGGGCCCAAGGGAGCUAUUGGUCCUGGUGGACCCUCUGGUGCCCAAGGACCCCCAGGCCUUCAAGGGAUGCCUGGAGAAAGAGGUGCUGCUGGCAUUACUGGAGCCAAGGGAGACAGGGGUGACAAUGGUGAAAGGGGCACUGAGGGUGCUCCUGGGAAAGAUGGUGCAAGGGGUUUGAGUGGUCCCAUUGGUCCUCCUGGUCCAGCUGGCCCGAACGGCCUGAAGGGUGAAUCUGGUCCUUCAGGACCCCCUGGCUCUACUGGUGCUCGUGGUGCUCCUGGUGAUCGUGGGGAGAAUGGACCUCCAGGUCCUGCUGGCUUCGCUGGUCCUCCUGGUGCUGAUGGUCAGCCUGGAGCUAAGGGAGAGACUGGAGAGGCUGGGCAGAAGGGAGAAGCUGGAGCUCCUGGCCCCCAGGGUCCUUCAGGGGCCCCAGGACCACAGGGCCUCACUGGCAUUACUGGACUCAAGGGUGCUCGCGGUGCUCAAGGUGCACCGGGCACCACUGGUUUCCCUGGAGCUGCUGGAAGAGUUGGCCUACCAGGCCCCAAUGGUAACCCUGGACCGAUUGGCCCUCCCGGUCCUGCCGGCAAAGACGGACCUAAAGGUAUUCGUGGAGAUCCUGGGCUCCCAGGGAGAGCGGGUGAUCCUGGAUUGCGUGGAACUGCUGGUCCUCCUGGAGAGAAAGGAGAGCCUGGAGUAGACGGUCCCCCCGGUUCUGAGGGCCCCUCAGGUCCCCAAGGUCUGGCAGGACAGCGUGGUAUUGUGGGUCUUCCUGGACAGCGAGGUGAAAGAGGAUUCCCUGGUCUUCCUGGACCUUCUGGGGAGCCUGGAAAGCAAGGUGGUGCCGGCAGUUCUGGUGAACGUGGCCCCCCAGGUCCAGUGGGACCACCUGGUCUGACUGGACCCGCUGGAGAGCCUGGGCGUGAGGGUAAUCCUGGCUCAGAUGGGCCUCCCGGGAGAGAUGGAGCUACUGGUAUCAAGGGUGAGCGUGGGAACACAGGCCCUGCUGGUGCCCCCGGAGCACCUGGGGCACCUGGAGCUCCCGGUCCUGUCGGCCCUCUGGGCAAACAGGGAGACAGAGGAGAGGCUGGACCUCAAGGACCUUCUGGACCUUCUGGCCCAGCUGGGGCUAGAGGAAUGGCUGGACCCCAAGGCCAACGUGGAGACAAGGGUGAGGCUGGAGAGACGGGUGAGAGAGGACUGAAGGGACACAGAGGCUUCACUGGUCUGCAAGGUCUUCCUGGACCUCCCGGUCCUGCUGGUGAUCAGGGUGUUACUGGACCUGCAGGUCCUAGUGGACCCAGAGGACCUGCCGGCCCACCUGGUGCCCGGGGAAAGGAUGGAGCCAAUGGACAGCCUGGUCUUCUGGGUCCCUCUGGACCUCGUGGUCGAUCUGGAGAAAAUGGUGCUGCUGGUCCUCCUGGUCCUCCUGGCCCCCCUGGUCCACCUGGCCCACCAGGGCCUGGCAUCGAUAUGUCUGCUUUCGCAGGCCUCUCCCAGGAGAAAGGCCCAGAUCCCCUGCGGUACGUGAGGGCGGAUGACUCCUCGUCCUCACUAAGGGAACAUGAUGUGGAGGUUGAUGCUACCAUCAAGUCCAUCAACAGUCAGAUUGAGAACAUCCUUAGCCCAGAUGGCACUAGGAAAAACCCAGCCCGCACCUGCAGGGACCUGAAACUGAGCUACCCCAGCUGGAAGAGUGGGAAUUACUGGAUUGACCCCAACCUUGGGUGCACCAUGGAUGCCAUGAAGGUCUUCUGCAACCUGGAGACAGGGGAGACUUGCGUCUACCCAAACACUGCCACCAUCCCACGCAAGAACUGGUGGUCCACCAAGAGCAAGGACCGCAAGCACGUGUGGUUUGGAGAAACCAUGAAUGGAGGCUUCCAGUUCAGCUACGGCGGGAACAGUCUGCCACCCCAAAGUGCUGAGAUCCAGAUGACGUUCCUGCGACUGCUGUCUAAUGAGGCCUCACAGAACAUCACCUACCACUGCCGCAACAGCGUGGCAUACCUUGAUCGGGGAAGUGGCAACUUGAAGAAGGCUCUACUGCUGCAGGGCUCCAAUGACGUUGAGAUCCGUGCCGAGGGCAACAGUCGCUUCACUUACGAUGUGCUGGAGGAUGGCUGUUCGCAACACACAGGGCAGUGGGGCAAGACUGUAUUUGAGUACAAAUCACAGAAGACAUCCCGUCUUCCCAUCGUGGACAUUGCUCCCAUGGACAUCGGAGGAGCAGCCCAGGAGUUUGGAGCAGACAUCGGCCCCGUCUGCUUCUUGUAAAGAUCGACGAAAGAGAGUAACGGAAGCUACAAAAUAACUCCAGAAUGAAACCAAAACACACACUCCAAAAGACAGCAGAGAGAAAUCAAAUUACUUUUCCAAAAAAAAAAAGAAAAAAAAGAAAGAACUGUUCAAGUUGCCUUCUAGGACAUCUGCACUGAAUGGCACCAGCGCAGUCAACUGUGCGUGAGACAACACCAACUGCCCAGUCCACGUCCCGAAGUCCACUUGUACUUCCCUUACCCUUCAGCCCCACACUGGGCAGACCUCCUCCAGACAGUAAGGACAGACGGCUGCGAGGAAGAAGCAACAAGCAAGACGAACAAAUGGGAGUAAAGCGAAAAUACACAGUGAUGAUUAUUUAUUAUCUGAUUUCUGGGGAUAACGGUGCAGUGAGAAGGGGGUGUGUUAAAUCAGAGUACUAAAAUACACCAGUCCCCCACAAAAAAGAGCUAAAAAAAAAAAAAAAAAAAAAAGUAUCCAGCGAUUAAUAAUGUACAGGUCAUCCUAAUUCUACUGAGACAAGGUGCAUCAGAACCGCUGUUCGUUAAGAUAAAUGACAAUGGUGCUAUUGUUGUAAUACAGUCUGUAUUUUCAACAACCAUACUAGUAUAUAUUUACUUAUGUGUACUUGUCAGUCUUGGUUUUUCCAUGUCUUUCUUCCAAUUAAUUGCCCACAAUAAAAGUAUGCAUCUUGUAAGAAACACCCAAUUUUUUUUUAAAUAAAUGCCAUUAUAUUGUUUUCCGGUUUUCGUUUUGAUUCUCAAAAAGCGGUUUUUAAAGCUACCUCAGAUGCUGAAACACGACUUGCUCGGCUGAGCGUGGAAAUAAAUAUGUGGGGGACGCCGACACUUGGCAGCCCCAUCUUCGCAGGUGUGGUGUAGAAGAGUCCCCGCCAACCGCCCACGACACCCCAUCUCACUGGCUACACAAAAACACACUAUCCUGGCUUACCCCACAGGAGCCCGUUGUAGGCUACACUACUCCCAAAUUAUCACCCUGUUUUACCCAGGGUAAGGUGUGUCUGUGUGUGGGAGUGUGUAUUUUUAUUAUAAAUAUUAUUGUGAACAUUAUGGUUUUUUUUUUGUUGUGGUUUAAUGUAAAUUGGAAAUAAAAGGAGAAACAAAGCCACCUUUUCAUUGAGUUUAUUCUUCCCCAGGAAGUUGUCUGCAUGGAGGCGACACUAAGAUACGAUUGGUGAUAUUUGCAUUUGCGGUCCAUUUUAGCUGCGUACUAACGCUACAAAACAACGCAAACCCGCCUACGUCACACGACCUGACCUUGAGAGGUGAUCGCACCAUCUUUCGACAAAAAAUACGCAGUAUAAAAGGAUUAGGAAUAAUAUGAAUCAAAUUUCUUUGCAAUUUUUCAUUCUCUCAUUACAGGUACUUCAUUGCCCACAGACAAAGACAUUAUGGGGGGGGAAGAAAAAAAAAAAAACAGAAUUCGUUUUGCUUGGGAGUGUGUUACGUUCACCUUUUUGGAC